GUCUCAUCUCUCAUCGAUGUUGGUUUGGCUCUUUGGCUGGGCUGCAAUCGCAAUCUUCUCGUUGGCAAAUCUUCGUUUGAAAUAGUUAUUGUACCAUCUGCUAUACAUUUUUUUCAAGUGAAUAUUUCUAUUUUAUAGCAAAAUUACAUUCUCGAAGUGUUUAUUCAUUUUCAAUAAAAACAAUUUUGUAAAAUGGGUCGUAAGAAGAAGAAGCUUUCAAAACCUUGGUGCUGGUAUUGCAACAGAGAGUUUGAAGACGAAAAGAUCUUGAUACAGCAUCAAAAAGCAAAACAUUUUAAGUGUCAUAUAUGUCACAAGAAAUUGUAUACCGGACCUGGACUGUCAAUUCAUUGUAUGCAGGUACAUAAAGAAGCAAUUGAUAAAGUACCGAAUUCAAUGUCAACUAGAUCAAACAUUGAAAUAGAAAUUUAUGGAAUGGAAGGAAUUCCCCCCGAAGACUUGAAAGAACAUGAAAAGAUGAAACAAGGAAAACAAGCAGGAGGAGGCGGCAGCGGAGGCGGCAGUAAUAACAGGGUACAAUCGCCGAGCAGCGGCGAGGAUGAGCCGCCCCCGAAGAAGAAGGCGGACACGAUGAUGACGAAUGCGUCAGCGGGAAUGCCGCCUCAGGGCAUGAUGCCCCAAGGGAUGAUGCCACCCCACGCGCCCUACGGGGUCCCUCCCAUGGGGACGCCCAUGAUGGGCCCUGGCAUGGGACCGCCUCAUUUCAUGGGACCUGGAAUGCCACCAAUGAUGGGUCCAGGAGGCCCAAUGGGUGCGAUGCCCGGUGCUCCGUCUCAACAGAACAAGCCUCUCUUUCCGAGUGCGGCUGCCAUUGCUACUAGUACAACCUCAUCCAGUGCUGCUGUCGGUGCUGACUUCAAACCAAUCACCAGUUCGGCGUCGAUUGGACCUGUUAAACCAACCUUUCCUGCUUAUAGUGGAACAAAUGCGAGUGCAACGACAGGCGCUAGCAGCAGUAGUGGUUCGGAUCCGCCAAAAGUGAAUCUAAUCAACACAGUGGGCGCAUCGAGCAAGAUCAUCCAUCCGCAGGAGGACAUCUCGCUGGAGGAGUACCGCGCAAAACUGCCCAAGUACCACGUGGAAGAGCCGUCGUCGACUGCUGCGCCAGCCGCCGAAACCACGCCCACUGCGCCGGCGACCACGCCCACCCAGACCACAUCCUCUGCUGGUGCGGCCACGCCCACCCAGGCCGCCCCGCCCACUUCCAGUGCGCCGGCCCCCGCUGCUGCUGUCAGAACCAGCACACCGCAACCGAUGCAUCCGCAGCCUGAGGAGCAGAGGCGUCCAAUGAUGGCUCGAUUCCCGAUGGCACUGCCUGUGUCAAUGGGCCAAAUGGGGCAGAUGGGCCAAAUGGGGCAGAUGGGGCAAAUGGGUCAGAUGGGCCAAAUGGGUCAGAUGGGGCAAAUGGGGCAGAUGGGGCAAAUGGGGCAAAUGAUGCCUGGCCCCCCCGCCAUGCUGCCCGGUCCCCCCAUGAUGCGACCCGCUCUGCCCCUCCACCAUCCGGCUAUGAUUGGAGGUAACAUGGGUAUGAUGCGCCCACCCCACAUGGGCAUACAUCCCGGUCUGCUGGGUAUGCCCCACGCGGGAGGAAUGGUGCCCCACCCUCACCCGUACGCGGCAGGUCCGCCCAUGUUCCCGGGGCCACCUAUGAUCACGCCGAUGAUGCAUCCUCGUUUCAGAUGAUCAGGUUUGUUGGGGGGACUGUGGCUGGUCUGGCCUGACCCCUGACAUCAUCAACAUUCUACCUGUUUUAGAUUACAUUUCCACCCCCCUCUCUAUCUCUUCGCUUUCUCUCAACGAAUAGGGUUUCUCUAUCACCAACCGAUACUCUUUUUCAAAUGCAGUUCAUUCUUGAUUUCAUUGAGAGUGGUAAAAUUCAAAUCUUGAUAGUAAAGUAGAAACUCAAUCGCUUCCAUUACACCCCCCCCCCACCCAACGCCUAACUUCUUCCCCACUUCCCCCAUUUGGUAGAGCCUAAUUACUCACUAUUACAAACCAAGAAUAAUUAAAUAUUAACAAAUGCAAUUUCAUUGGUGUAUGCAACAAACAUUAGUUUCAAUUUAUUUUCAGUUCAUUUUAAAACUAGUCGCUCCUUGUUUCAUUUGAUGAUAAACUGUAAUCUGUAUUUGAAAUGUUUUAAUAAGCGCCAGCGUCAUUUUGUACUUACAAACAUCAGAGGUAAGCCUAGCUGGCUCAAUUUCCAAUCUUGUCAUCCUAGUGGUUAAUGAAAAUAUUUGUACCUGGUCAAUAAUUGAUAGAUGCUCCUUCAAUUGUAAUUUUUGUUAACUACUCGACAUUGUUCUGUUAGUUGUAGAGAACUACUAAUAUUUUCUGUAGGUUUAAAAGAUACCAAUUUUCAUUUGUAAUGUUCCUUGUUAGUGGAAUUUUUGUUUAUUCAUUGACACGAACUUUGAAAAAUGUAAUGUGUUGAACAUUAAGGUAUUUUACCACUCAUUAUUUAAGAAUUAUUAAUCGAUAUUGUUAAAUUUUUGCGUUUGCGUGUGUGAAUGAGUGCGUAUCAAACAUGUGUUUGAGUUGACACAGGUAUGAGUUAGGUAUGUGAACUGUGUACCAUGUAACUGGUAUAAUGUAGCAUGGCUUUUAGCUUUUUCCAAACCAAAUAGACUUGAGGCUUUUGUAUUCUACCCUGUGACGUUCUGGCACAUUUUCCUAAAAAGACAAUGUAGGGAAACUGUAUCACGAGAAAAUUUAUGAGUUUUGUAUAAUCGAAGAUAAUCCUCCGUUCAAUAUCAUUGUGUUUCUUGUUGACUGCAUAAACUGAAUUUAUUUUCGAAAAUUUUUGUGUGUAUGAUAAUAAUUUGAAGUAGCAUCUAUCUUGAUCUUCUGGAGAGCAGGCAAGUUUUGCAAAACAAAUACUAUUCUCAUCAAUUUAUUAUUAACAAAAUUUAAAUUAGAUAUCCAAUGUAUGUUUUCUUUAUUAUAAAUUCAUGGUAAGUUGAAAUAUGUCAUACUAUUUUGUUUUGUUACUGGAAAAUUGUUAUUAGAUUAUGUCUGCUUCAUCCACCAUAAUACAUACUUACUCCUAGAGAGCCUGUUGUCACACUUCAUAUUCUUACUUAUUUUUAAAGCAUUCUUAAAUAUUUUCAAUCCAAUAAUCUAUUUCAAGUAAUUUCAUCGACAAAAUUGAUCUAUCAAAACAAACAAAUCCUGGGCUAUGUGAUAAGAAAUUGACUACAAAUUCAACAUGAAUUGUACAUCCUUCAAGUUUUAAAUAAUAUGAGGUGUGAAUGAUCAGUCAAUACUUUCAUUUUAUUGUAAAAAAUGAUUUAUCAAAAAGAGAAUAUUAAAUUUCAUUAUUUCAAGAGUGCCAGCGAAUCUUACUCAGCAGGUAUGGGUUUUAAUUAAUUUUUCUUACAUACGAGUAUUGAUGGACUACAAAGCAUGCAAAUGCUAAAAGUAUCGAAUAAUAUUACACGAAAUUAGCACUAUGUUAUUUGAAUUGACUUCACGUUAUCACUUGAGCAGAAUAACAUAGUGCAAAUUGCAUGUUUUAUCACAUCGAGGCUUCAUGGUUCCUUGGUCAUUCAUGAAUCAUUGAUUGCAUUUUUAUUUUCAUCUAUUAAAGUUUUAGUUUCAUCUAUUAAAGUAUGAGAAUUCUCUUUGAGUCCCUAAAAUUUUAACACUCACUGUUACUCCCUACUAGUUACACUCAGUACUUCUUCAAUAGUACCGGAACUAUGGGUUUCUUUAAGAUUCCAUAGCAAAUUCAAAUUAAGUAUUUGUGAAUUACAGUAUAUGCAAGUUUUACCAGCAAAAUCUUUUUCGCCCCACUUGGAUGUAAUGAGCUGGUUUUUGUGCAUCGAAGGCCGAAAGUGAUUGUUUUCUGACCAGGCCGGAACAAUUUCUGAAUUUGAAUCAUUCAAAUAUGACCCUAUAAGUGGCCGUAGGCUAAUCCAAUUUCCAUCAUGACCUUAUCGAGCCGGAAAAGUCUCAUUUUCGGCCCUAGGUGCGAAAAUUUAUUCAUCCUAGAAAACUGCUCCACACUGUAUCCAUUUCAAUCGGAAAUUCUAUAUUUUAUAAUGGAACUGCUUACUAGAAAAUUGAUACUGUGUUCGGAGUUUACAAUUGGAUGAAUCUACUAAAUUUAUCUCAAGCCAUUCUGUUACUAGAAUUUAAUGAUGACGUAAUAAACAGUCGAUGAUCAUUGGAUGAAGCAUUGAAUAUGAAUUGUACCAAUAGGUUUCAUGUUAUAAAGCAAAAGCAUAAAUUCCUGGUAGAGCUAUUAACUAUUCUAUACCAGUAAGACAUGAUAUUCUUAGUAGACAUGAGAUUGUUUUAUAUUCUAUGGAACAUCACACCAGUUUUCUUCUCUUUUCGAUCAUUCUCUUUUUGCACUAAAAAUGUUUUCUAUUGGCCAAGGAAUCAUGAAGCUCAAAUAGCAGGGUCAAAACAUGGAAGGUAUGAAGUCAGCCUUCAACGUCGAAAUGUAUGUAUGAAGAACAUUUCAUUUAAAUGGGGAAGUGUCUGCAUGACUAUGUAACUCAGCAGCUUAAAUGCAAAUCAAGUAGAUAAUCACACAAGUGAAAUCUAUAACCAAAUAAUAAACAACUUAGAAUGUUGAAACUUGAACUCAAUAUUAUCCCCAUUUAAUAAUUUAGAUUUGAUGAAUUUUCAAGAGAAUGCUCUUCUUAUGUAUCAAUGGUUUUUGUAUCUGGGGUAACCUCUAUUGUAGAUGGUUCUUAAUAAGUGUUUGGAAGUAUAACUAAUUAAAUACAUAAUAUUAUACUUUUUUAAUUCAAGGUAGGUAAAUUUUCAAUUUGUGAAUGAAUCACUGGUUGUUGGAUUUAUUUUUGGCUUUAAAUACCGACAAGGAUAUUACUCUUAUUGUAUCUCUUUUUAUCAAGUUAUUGAUGUUGUUCGCUACUUAUAAUAGAAAAUUUAUUUGUACUGAUAAGACAUGAGGUGAAAUAUUCAUUUUAAACGUAACGGUAUGUUAUUAUUCUGCAGAUUGUUGAUUCGAAUAGUUGAUGUAAAAUUCUAAUUUAAAGCCGUUUUAUUGUAAAUUGUUUGAUUUGAGUUCAGUUCGAUUUUAGAUUUGUUUCAAUAUUUUAGAUUAAAUCCUUUAUCACUCUUCCAAAAAGCAUGGUUCAUAUUUAUUGCAAUCUCCAUUCAUUGUUUUCAAUGUGAAUCAUCAUCAUCACCGGAUAUUACAGAUUACACACUAUGGGGAAGUGUAGAAGUAAUAAAAUACCAGUAUAUUUAUUUAUAACACUGGUGUUACUGGAUAGACCCUGCAAUUCAACAUUUUUAGCUGAUAGUCUCUAAUUGAUUGUGAUACUCUGAGGUGGUUGCAACUAUUUAGUUUUGGUUAUUCCUUGAACUUUUAUUAUUCUCCACUUAGUUAUGAUGAAAAAUCAAACAUAUUGAUUUGUUCAAACAAGACCAAUGGUAUUCUUGAAGUCCUAUUCUUACAGUGAGUUUGAUAAACGCUUCUGUAAUGGCACAGAAACCAUUAUGAGGGCCACUUUGUUCCUAAGGUUGCACAAAAGCUAGAUGAAAUUCAUGAAAAUACCCUGGAGGAUCCAUUAAUUAAUGGAACUAUUAAAAAAAUCUCACGUAAAGAAUGUACUAUAAAUUAAAUAUUUAAUUCUUAAGGUACAAAUAACUUAGUUUUCAACAUUGUACCAAUACAGAAGCUACUCUGCGUCUUGUCUUGAAUAAGCUUAAUGAACUCAACAUUAUAUUGUUAUAUUUAUAUCACAUUGAGGAUUCCUAAGAAAGGAAAUUUUAUUUCGUAAUGCUUCAGGUUAGUCUAUUCUAGUUGGCCUGGUAAUGAUUUUUGUCAAUGUGAAAUACUUACUCCUUGAAUUCAACACAAAAUAGUUGUGAUAAAAUUAUCAAUAUUUUAUUUUUUCGUUUGUGAAAUCAUUGUCGUGAACCCUUGUAAAAUGUGAAAUUCUCAAUCAGACCCUUGAAUAUUAAUGAAUGUAUGUUAGGUUCAUCAGCAUUAUGUUUUUUUCAUACUUUUGCAAACCGGGUUAAGUCCUUCAAUUUAGUUUAUUUUGUGCUCAAAUCUAUUAAGGCUUUUUCUUUCAUCCCAAGUUAACACAGCUAACCUUCAAUGCUUCAAACUACUAUGUCUGCAUACAUUUUCACAUGGGAUAUAUUUUUGAAGAUUGUUGUCAUAAACAAUUCGGUCGUCAUAGGGGUCUUCGAAUGGUGUCUAAUAUUUUCUUUAUGUUUUUCUAAAAAGAAGAUUAUCCAACCUUAAAUUCCAAGGAAAAAUCAAUGGCUUGUAUAAAUUAGCUUUUUUAUCCAUAACAUGAAUAUGCUACACAAAAACUUCACUGUACAAUAUAUUUAUAUUGGCUACAGCCUGCAAAGUUGAGUAUGAUGUUAUUUGUCUAGCAUUGUAAAUUGUAGUAAAAUACUCGAUCUAUGGCAGCGUGACAAGGUAGGAGGGUUAUGCACAUCAAUCGAUAACUAUUCUAUAUCAUUAUUAUUAAUUUGUGCAUCGAUGUUUAGGUAUGUAAACGCUAUUUGGUUUUGCAUUGUUACUUUCUCACUCAGAUAUCAUCUGGAUAGAAGGAACAACACACACUUUUUCAUGAUCAGGUAUUUUGUUUAGGUUUUUAUUUUCAUUCAAUAGAUUUUUUACUACUGCCACUACACUCGAUGCUGUGGAUGCGGAGGUAUUUAUUUUUGAGAUUAUAAUUUUUUGUUUUUGGUUGAAAAAGCGAAAUUAAAGUGUGAUUACUUGAUUGCAGCGCUGUUGAGCCGAGCUGGCGAACGCGGCUCUUAAGGAAUCCAAUUCUGUGAGUUUGUCAUUACUGUACUAUUUAUCAGUUUGUUCAGUAAAUCGUUAGACGUGGGAAUUUGAUCUUUGGAUGGCAUUUAAUCGUAUCCGCAACAUUGAUGUACCCUGUCGGAUUCCUGUAGGCGAUUUUCUGAAAUCACAGCCGGGAUUGGCUGUUGGACUGUGAGUCCCCUUCAGGAUCGACCAAUCACAGCCGUUCGCGGGCUGUUGGACGUGUUUGUCACGUCCCCUGUUGGUUGAACAGGCGAUUGAUCCUUGUAGUUGUUAUAGCCAAUCACAGCGCACGCUGUUGGACUGUCAUGUCCCCUGUCAUCCUAUGGCAGGCGAUUGCGAUUGCUCACAUGCUUCCUCCGCCCGUCUUAAGAUAUCUCGACUAACCUAGUCACUCUUUCGUUCUACUAAGGGUUGUGGUUUAGGAUAUCUACUAUCAUUUUCUCUUCAAUAAUUAUUAUUCUCUUACCUGAAAAACAUCACCAAACUUGUUACAUUCACAAGUUUAUCGAUCUUUUUCAGAAUGCCUGUGUGCAUCUCUUCUCUCUCACUUGCACAUUGUCAUUGAUAAGGAUGUCAUUCGAACGCUGUAAGUACACACGUUCAAUUCUAUCUAAUCACACACACCUACACAUUCAUAUCAACCAGUAAUAAAUCCAAAAUCAAACUUCAAGUUUUCCUCUUUUCCAAACCACCUAUAAUAAUUGAUUAAAUCAGCAUUAGAGUUUUUGCUAUUUUAGGAUCUCAAUGUUUGUUUUUGUCUUGAAAAUCAGCUUCUACCCAUAAAAGGCUUCUAUUUCUAUAUUACUACCAGUGUAACUUCUUGUAUUUGCAUUUAUGUUUGAAAUAAAUAGUAGAAAUAUCCCAGUUA